AUGAAUGGUGCCGUGGCGCUCGUGGCGGGUAGUACGCGGGGCCGCGGCGCGCAUGCGCGGGCGCUCGAUACACGCGGCACGUGGGCUGGAUGCAGGAGGCUGGGGGGCGGCAGUCGCGCGCGAGGAGCCGCAGCGGCCGCCCGUGUCCCUCCUGCCGAGCACCUAACCUCUACAUAAAACAUCACUGGCACAACGAACUCCGCUUCCGAACAUUAAACCGUCUAUGAAACAGUGCUUUUUUUCGAGCGGAAAAUUUUGUAGUGUAAUAAUUUGACAGUGUGGUUGGUUGUGAAAUUGGUAGUAGUGUUCCGGGAAAGUGUUUUCCUCGCCGGAGGUCGGGCGGCGAGUGUGGGGCGGUGGAUGAGGCGGCGCGGGGUGGCGCCGGGGCGCGGCCGGCGGCGCCGCUAGCAAAAUGUCGAUACCCCUGGGCCGGGACCCGCUGAUGCCCUCGCAGUGCAUGGCGCGCGCCCUGUACGACAACAUAGCGGAGUCCCCCGAGGAGCUGGCCUUCCGGCGCGGGGACCUGCUCACCGUGCUCGAGCAGAACACCGGCGGCAGCGACGGCUGGUGGCUCUGCUCCUUGCGGGGUAGGCAGGGCAUAUGUCCAGGAAACCGGCUGCGCGUGGUGGGCGCAGUAUUCGACGGCAACUCGGCUAGACGGCGAGCGCGCGCGCCCGCAGCCGUCGCGCACCAACCACUGCCGGCUCCGCACACGCCCAGCUUCACUAAGAUAGAAGAAUGCGCCCUAUACGACGUGCCACGAGCCCCGAUGCCGGUGCAGCGACUAGCUACCUACGACAGUCCGCGCGCGCUGACCGACUGGUACGACGCCCCGCGCGCGCCGCGCCCCGCAUCAGCUGAUUCAGCCUGCAGUGGGACUGGCUCACUGACGUCAGCCACGUCUAGUGCGUCCGGCCACUCGGGCAGCUCGGCCCACUCGGCCGCGUCGGCUAGUAGCACGUAUGACGUGCCGCGGGCGCGCGCGCUGCCGCUGCCGUGUGACGCGGCGUUGGAGGCGCUGGAGAGGCUACAGGAGGAAGCGUCAGCAGCAGUAUCCCGACUCCUCUCCUACGUGACCCCCGGGUGGCGGCGGCGCGGGGCGCUGCGGCCACGGGCUCUGGACGUCCGUGUGGCGGGCGCCCGGCUGAGGGCCGCCUUGCACGACUUAGCUGUGUUUGCUGACGCUACUCUGGCUAAUGCCGCUGAUGCGCAGGAUAAAGGUAUCGCAGUAAAACUACGGCCGCUAGUGAAAGCGCUAAAAGACGCAGAGAGAAUAACGCACGAAGCGACCAGCGCGCUGGACGCCGGUGAUUGGUCGCCGGACCGGCUAGAGCGGGACAAAGAACCAACGGACGGGACGCAAGAUGCCCUCGACCAAUUAGUGGCGUGCGCGCGAUCGCUCACUGAAGAUGUGAGGCGAGCUGCCUCGUUUAUACACGGGAAUGCUUCCUUAUUAUUUAGGCGAUCAACAGUCCCGCCGCCGACCCACGAGUGGACGGAAGAGUACGAUUACGUGCGUCUGGAGGCGCGCUCGGCCGUGGACCGACGCAACGCGGAGAUCCGCGCCGCGCUGCCCGACAAGCUCAGGGCUUCCUUUGAUGCACUCGUCAGGGAUGCGGAUCAUGCGGGCGAGGUGAGCGCGGCGGCGGCGUCGGCGCUGCUCCCGCCGGACGACCGGCAGCUGGCCGCCUUCUACGCGGCGCAGACGGCCACCUACGGAGCCCACCUCGCCACCGCCGUCGAGGCCUUCCUCCGCACCAUCGACAUGGGGCAGCCCCCCGACGUCUUCCUAGCGCACGGGAAAUUCGUCGUGUUGAGCGCACAUCGAAUUGUACAUGUCGGAGAUACAGUGCACAGAAGUGCAUCCCACGCCGGGCUCAAAACUCGGGCUUUGAGAGCGUCGGAUGCGUUAUCAGAUGCAUUAGCGAACCUCGUGAAUAAGACGCGAGUGGCGGCGCAGCAGUUCCCGUGUGCUCACGCUGUGGGAGAGAUGGCGGCGGCGGCGCGUUUAUUAGCUUCUCGGGCGCAGGACUUAAGGCGGGUUUUGCUGCGGGCGGCCGAGCCGGCGGCGCCCGAGACCCCCGUGCCGAACGAGGCACUCACGCCGCACGACCCCGCGCCCGCGCUCGCUGCGCUGCAGAUAUAGUCACUCACAGUUACUCUGUGGUUUGCGGAUCAAGUACUCUGUGGUCGCCUGGAACGCCCUCGCCGGGUGAAGUGCGAGUGUCACUCACAUUGACCAAGUUAAUCUGUGGCGAGUGGUUUGCGGAUCAAGUACUCUGUGGUCUCCCUGGAACCGCCUUGCUAGGGGAGCUAGUGCGAAUGUGUCGGGACAAGGCUGCGUUAUCAGCAGCUAGUGAUCGUGCUCACAAUAAAAGCAUAACAUUACCAAAGAUAAAAACGAAACUGUCUAGGUACUUAGUAUUUUCAUUGUAAACUGCCAACGUUUAGAUAAAGAGAACAUUUUACAUGCAUUUACACGAAAACGAAAGGAAAUUGAAUGGUAUUUUUGGCGAAUUGGCUAUUGUUUUAAAGGCGAUAUUCGCUUCAACUGAGAGUAGGAUGCGAGUUUUAAUUGCUGGAUGCUCAUUUGCAGUUAGUGAGUUGAGUUGUCCGUCCAGUUUUAUACAUUUUUGCAACAUGUUCGUGAACUAACGUUUAGAUUGUGGAUGUUUUAACAUUAAUUAUGUCGUCAAUCAACGCAUAGUCCACUUAUCGCUGAGGCUGAUGAUGGUUUAGGUGACACUAAAUUCCUGAACUGAUAUUGUAUCAGUACCAAAAUACUUGAAACAAUUACCCUUAUUAAUGUACUUAGAUAGAAAGUACUUAAGUCCCCCAAGCCAGCAUCAGCCCGCGAAGUGGCAGAAAGACUUAACAAGACAAAUACACUAGUUUUAGCUUUUACAACGAGAUCACUACAAAGUGUUGUGAACACCAGACCAGACGCAUUCAUCAACUAUUUACUUUGUUUUGUACUUAAUUAAAUCGUUUGCUCAUUCAUUAGGAAACGAAAAGAAACUACUUACGACUGACACAUUAUUAGAUACCU